CAUUAAAACAUGAAUCUUUGCAAGAUUUAGUUUUACAAUCUUAUUACGAGAUGGACUGGAAUGAACUGAAAAGAUUAUUUAUGAAAUAUCCAAAUCUUAAACAUCUUGCACUGAGGAGCGACGAUAGACUGGAAAAUAAACAUGUGGAGCAAUUAGUUGACAUUUUACCCAAUUUAGUGUUAUUUGCUGUUCGUGGUUGUCCAAGAGUAACUCAGAAGGCUGCUAAUUAUGUUCAACAUCAUAAUAAACUACAUGGCCGAUCAAUCAAGUUUUAUUUUGAUGAGAAUUACCAUGAAAUUCAAUCAGAUUGGCCUCAGUUAUCAACUAAAAGUGAAAAAAUUAGUCUAGGGUUCGAUUUCAUGAAAAAUUGUUUUCUAAAAGAUCUUCUUUUUCUUUCUACUUUCUUAAUCUCAAAUGAAGACUAAAUAAUCAAACUCCCACAUUUAACUAUUUGUUUCUUCAAUACAAAAAUACGUUGACGAUAUCAAUUAGGAAGGUAUCUCGAAAUCGUAUAAAAAUGUGGACAAUUAGUGACUGAAGAAGUUAAAUCUUAUUGUCUUUAAGCUAACAUGUAUUACAUAACUUUAUUUCAUUUCACCUUUUUAGAUGAAUAAGGAUACCGAUAAUCCCAAAUGGAGCCACUUCGCUUGUAUGCAGAGUAACUCAGAGUAGUUUCACUCUUUAGAUUCAGCAGUUUGUAUUUAAAAAUGGUAAAGGUCACUUUUUCAUAAAAUUUUGCUGAAUUUAAUUGAGCAAUAUUCAGUUUAACUAUUCUCAAUCCCUUAUUGAUACAAUGUAUCUCAAUUAAUAGAUAAUUUGGUAGAUAAAUAUCAAAUCCAUGAUCCGAUCUCAUUUCCUCGAUCCAAAUCUCACACUCACAAUCGUCCCGUAACCUGAAAUAUUAUUGAAACAAGUGCCAUUUUUUAAUUGUAUCUAAUUUACUUCUAAUAAACUUUAAUUUUCUCAAUUAUAUGUUUGUUUACAGGUAUUCUACUAAAGCUUAUAUUCACUAAAAUCAAUCACAUCUCUAGAUCUCUGUUUUAACAAGUGAAUAGUUAGGCUUAAUUGAUUUUACCAUGUUUAUCAAUGAACUUCCAGACGAUUGUUUGCUAAUCAUUUUUGAUUUAAUAAAUGAAUUGGAUGAUUUAUUGAACUGCUUUAAAGUAUGCAGUAAAUGGAGCCAUUUAAUUGCAGAUCGAACGCGAAAAGUUAAAUAUUUGAUUGAACAUCAAGAUUGGCGUAAUGAUGAACCAUGCCUAAGUUAUCCGUUUGAUUGGGUUUAUUUUCGAACAGGCGAACCAAUUGAUGGAACUUGUUUGAGCUCAUUAUUUCCAAAUUUAAUGGUGGCCGACUUUUCUGAUACAUUUCGUGAAAGAGUAAAGCAUGAAGAUAUCGUUACAUUGAUCAAAAAAAUAAAACCGUUGAAAGGAUUAUUUAAUCCAAUCCAUAGCGACACAGGAACAGUUUUUAAAUAUUGUAAUGAACUCGAAAUGGUUUUACUCAAACACAUUGAGCCGUGCAUAGAAAAGAAUGGUUUCAAUAUUAAACAAUUAGUCCUUUGGAAUUCUCUAACAAUAUUCAAGAACCAUGCACAUUACUUUCCGAAUCUUGAAAGACUUUACAUUAACAAUCAAGUCAAGCCAGAUGGACCCUACGAUGGUCCCAUAUCCAGAAGACUUAAAAUACUUGAAAUUUGCUCAACUUGUUAUGAUGGUAGAACCCGUUACACGUUUUAUGGUUUCCAGUUCAUGGAUUACUGUCCAAAUUUACAGAGUGCACACAUUUUUCUGGAAUCUGAUCACAUUUUUGUUGAUGAAUCAGUGAAACACGAAUCUUUGCAAGAUUUAGUUUUAGAUUUUUAUCGCAGAAAUGUCGAAUGGAAUGACUUGAAAAGAUUGUUGACGAAAUAUCCUAAUCUUAAACAUCUUACACUUUGGCAUAACGAUAGACUGGAAAAUGCACAUGUGGAGCAAUUGGUUCGCAUUUUACCCAAUUUAGUGUUAUUUGUUAUUCGUGAUUCUGACGGAGUCACUCAAAAGGCUGAUGAUUAUGUUCAAAAUUUUUGUAAAUCAAAUAGACGAUCAAUCAAGUUUUAUUUUGAUGAGAAUUUCCGUGAAAUUCAUUCAGAUUGGCCUCAGUUAUCGACUAAGGGUGAAAAAAUGAGCCUAGGUUUUGAUUUCGUGCAAAAUUGUUUUCUCAAACAUUUUCUUCUUCUUUCUACUUUCUUAAUACCUAUUGAUGAAUCGCAUUGAGUUUUAAGAGGUUAAAUCAAAUAAAGGUUAAUUUAUCAAUUGUCUUCGAUAGAAUAAGGCAAAACUUCAA